CGCCAGGAGCGCACUAUGUUGGACAUUGAGGCGCCAGUCACGGUGUGUGGAGAUAUCCACGGCCAAUUCUUCGACCUGAUGAAGUUGUUUGAAGUGGGAGGUUCUCCUGCCAACACACGCUACCUCUUCCUAGGGGACUAUGUGGACAGGGGCUACUUCAGUAUUGAGUGUGUGUUAUACUUGUGGUCACUGAAAAUCCUCUACCCAAAGACACUCUUUCUUCUACGGGGAAACCAUGAAUGUAGACAUCUGACAGAAUAUUUCACCUUCAAACAAGAAUGUAAGAUCAAGUACUCGGAGCAGGUGUACGACUCCUGCAUGGAGGCGUUUGAUUGCUUGCCCCUGGCAGCCCUGAUGAACCAGCAGUUCCUGUGUGUGCACGGGGGACUUUCACCAGAGAUUCACACGCUGGACGACAUCAAGAAGUUGGACCGGUUCAAGGAGCCCCCAGCGUUUGGGCCCAUGUGCGACCUGUUGUGGGCAGACCCCCUGGAAGACUUUGGCAAUGAGAAGACCCAGGAGUACUUUGGCCACAACACAGUCAGAGGCUGCUCCUAUUUCUACAGUUACCCGGCAGUGUGUGAGUUCUUACAGACCAACAACCUGCUGUCAAUCAUCAGAGCGCAUGAAGCACAGGAUGCUGGUUAUCGUAUGUACAGGAAGAGUCAGACUACAGGUUUCCCCUCCCUCAUCACCAUUUUCUCUGCUCCAAACUAUCUGGAUGUCUAUAACAACAAAGCGGCGGUGCUGAAAUAUGAGAACAACGUGAUGAACAUCCGUCAGUUUAACUGUUCUCCUCAUCCAUACUGGCUGCCCAACUUCAUGGACGUCUUCACCUGGUCGCUGCCUUUCGUGGGAGAAAAGGUGACUGAAAUGCUAGUCAACGUCCUGAGUAUCUGCUCUGACGACGAACUCAUGAACGAUGGCGAGGAGAUCUUCGAUGCCAGCGCAGCAGCAGCCAGGAAAGAGGUGAUCAAGAACAAGAUCCGAGCCAUCGGGAAGAUGGCCAAAAUGUUCUCAGUUCUACGGGAGGAGAGUGAGAACGUGUUGACCCUGAAGGGGCUGACCCCGACAGGCAUGCUGCCGAGCGGAGUGUUGUCUGGGGGCAAACAGACCCUGCAGAGCGCUACCAUUGAGGCCAUAGAAGCCAUCGAGACAGUUAAGGAUGAUGAAGCCAUCCGAGGCUUCUCCCCGCAGCAUCGGAUCAGCAGCUUCGAGGAGGCCAAAGGUCUGGACCGCAUCAACGAGCGGAUGCCGCCGCGGCGCGACGGCGUCAACAGCGUGGGCCUGUCGAUGGGCCGCAUGAACAUGGGAGAGCCCAAUGGGACCGACAGCAACAGCAAUAUACAGUGA